UCACAACAAAAUUAGUUCGACAAGAAACGUCAAUCAGAACCGCUACAAAUGACUUUCCAAUAUCGUCUGAAAACAUGUUGCAAAACAUGGAGGAAAAAAUCACUUGUGACAACCGAGAUAUUUACGUCUCUACAAUGAGCAAGCUGUGGCGAAACUGUGUCGGAAAAAAUAUAGAGAAUAUACUAGAUUCUAAAGUCAUAAUGGAUUUUAUUGUAGACGGUACUCAUGGAAAACGCUCUUUAAGGAAAUAUAAAAAUUUCUACAAAGCUUUAAUUGACUCCAUAGAAACUCUACCAUCCCUAGGGGGAAAAAAUGCGGAACAGCUACUACGCCAGGCAAUGGAGUUAUGCAAAAAGAAGCAAUUCAGAAAGAAUUCUGAAAAUAAAAAGAUCGAGCUGGAGUCAACAGAAAUAUUGAUGUGAAUUAAAUUUUGGUAUUAAUUUUUGAGUGAAUUAUUUUUUUUUUUUACAUACAUCAAACGUGGAUAUGGAUUUUUAAUUUAAUUUUUUAAAAAGAAAUUAUAUUACUUUUUUAAAACUAAAAUAAAAAACGAUAAAAUUAACUAGUAUUUAAUUAUUCACAACCAACUAGUGCGAAUCUGGUAAUGAUGGAUUGAUAUACAACUAGAAAAGAUGUGAGUAGUAUAAAACUACCAUGAAGAAUACUAGAGUGUGCACUAGUUCACAUAAAACUAGUCCAAAUACAGUAGUUUACAGUACUACAUAACAACUAGUACGUAUUUAACUAGUAUAGGAUCUAGUAAUUUAAUUGUAUACAAAUGAACUAGUUAGGCGUAUAUGACAACCCCAUGUUAAAAUCGACAGUUCGUUAUAUGGAAAAAGGACAGAUAUGUUACUAGUUUGAAGCAAAAAGCAACUAGUAUAUUU